AAGUAUUACAAAAUUUUCAGGAACAGAAUGUUGGAUUUUACGACUAAAUUUAUGUUAUUACAUGAUCGUAGACUUUUCACAAAGCAACAUCAUACUAUAUGGACAAAAGUUAUAAAUGUUGUAUUUAUUAAAAAAUAUCGUUUUAAAGAGAUAUAUGAAUUAUCAACUGUUCCAUAUCCUGCACCAAUCAAAGGGGCAUUGGUUACACUGAGGCUAGAUAUAUGGAAUAAAAGAAAUUUUCAAAAAAAAACUGACUUAUACAUAGACAAAGUUUCAGAUCUACAAGGAAAUUUACUUAAAGUAGUAACUUUUAAUUACAUUCCAUCUGCAAUAAAAAAUUCAUUAAUGAAUGAAAAUGAUGAAAAUUCUGGCUAUAAGAAGGGCUUAGAAAUUGAGGUUCUUAAAUCGCUUGGAAGUGCAAUGAAUUUUAUUCCAGUUAUAUAUGAACCAAUAAAUUGGCGUACUGAACAAUGGGGUAAAAAGCAAAUUAAUGGAACUAUAUCAGGGCUGUUAGGAGAAGUAUGGUCUGCCCGUGCUGAUUUGGCACUGGGUAAUUUACAUUACACACCAUAUCAUCUAAAUAUUUUAGAUCUAUCUAUACCUUAUAAUACAGAAUGUCUAACAUUCUUAACAUUUGAAUCAAAAACAGAUAACUCAUGGAAAACUUUGAUUCUUCCUUUCAAAUUAAAUAUGUGGGUUGGCGUACUUUUUACACUUCUAAUUGGAGGCUUUUUAUUUUAUGCUUUUGCAACAGCUCAUAAACAUAUUGAAGAUAGUGAAAAUUCAAUUAAAAUUAUACAGUGUGAUAAUCAAAAGACAAAAAUAUUAAAAAAUAAACCUGAAUUUAAUCAAUUUAUGAACAAAGAUGUAACUGGGUUAUAUUUGUUUGAAGAUAUAGAGAAUAGUAUUUUAUAUACUUAUGGAAUGUUGGUAGCUGUAUCAUUACCAAAAGUACCCAGUGGAUGGGCUAUAAGAAUUUUAACAGGAUGGUGGUGGAUAUACUGUUUAUUAGUUGUAGUUGCAUACAAAGCUAGUAUGACAGCAAUAUUAGCUAAUCCAGAUACCAGGAUUACAAUUGAUACAUUGGAUGCUCUUGCUGAUAGUAAUAUAAAUUGUGGAGGAUGGGGAGAACAAUCAAAAGAAUUUUUCAUGACAUCACUAGAUAAAACUGGACAAAGAGUUGGUCAGAAGUUUCAAGAAGUUUAUGAAGUAGAUAAAGCUAUUGAUUUGGUGUCUAAAGGACAAUUUGCAUACUAUGAUAAUAUAUACUUUUUGAGAUAUGUAAAAAUGAUGCAAAAUAUCAAAACAUAUGAACAAAAUGUUCAAUUAAUUAAUGGUACACUAAAUGAUACAAAAAAUGGAGACUUUACACUGCAUAUAAUGUCUUCAUGUAUAAUAAAUAUGCCAAUAUCAUUAGGAUUACAAAAGAAUUCUCCGUUAAAGCCAGCAGUUGACAGAUUCUUGAGAAGAGUUAUAGAAGCUGGGUUAGUAAAAAAAUGGUUAAAUGAUGUCAUGUCAGACACAGUGAUACUCGAAGAACCACAGCAAAUUGAAGAAGUUAAAGCACUUAUGGACCUUAAGAAACUUUAUGGGGCAAUUGUUAUUUUGGUUGCUGGGUAUAUUUUAAGUAUAUUAGUUUUGUUAAUUGAAAUUGGUUAUUGGUAUGGGGUGGUAAAAAAAGAUCCACUUUAUGAUGAAUAUUCAUUAAACUGCUAUUAUACACAUAAAUAAAAGGAAAUAAGUAUAAUACUAUUCUAUGAUUUGUAACAUAAUAUUAUAUUGUUGAAUG